AUGCUUAUCUUACUUGCUGCUGUAAUUUUCAUACAUUUGAAUGCUGUCUAUGCUGGUGAAGGAACAGUCAAUGCCUUUGGAUGUGUAUACUGUAAAGGCAGACCGCUGACGAACAUUACUGUUAAAAUGUAUGAUGUGGACUGUAAGUGUCAUGAGUUUUAUCAUCCUGAGAUAUGAUU